GCGCUGCGCGAGCUCCUCCACAGUUACUCUACAUACUCGUACCGUACUCGUACCAGUACGAACCAGCAAAAAACUAUGUUUUCCUGCUCACAGAAUCGCAGCAAGGGCAGCAGAAUCUGCAGAAUCGACCGGUGCCCGCCCCCCAGCAAAGAGGGAUCGAAAAAACGACAAAACAGCAAAAUGAGAACAGCUCGCAACGGACCCGAGCAAAGGACCAGCGGCAGCUGCUGCCUUGCGGUGGUGCCAAGACUCGUCCUGGUCGCCGUGUGCCUCCCCCUCUCGAACGGAUUGGUUCCUAGCACUUCCCCCGCCACGGGUCGUCCUCCACAACGGUCUUCCGCCGCGGCGCUGCGGGAGAAGAGCGGAAGCGGCGGUUUCCUGGAGGGUCUCUUCGGAAGCACCGCCCCCGCUAAGAGCCCGCCGAGGGUCCGAACACCGGAGGGCUUUGUCACGCCCGAGCCGAAACCCCUGCAGAUCUCCGAGUCCGCCGAUCCGGCCAGGUUUGCGAGGAACACCCUGGCCUUUGUGAUCCGGUUGGGGGUGGGCGCCUUCGUCCUCGGGUGGAAGAUCGACACGGUCUUUUACAAGCAGCCGGAGGACGACGGCAAUGACAAUGACAAAGACAACGGCGAACCUAGCGGCGACGGCCGCAAAACAAGGUACAGCCUGGACCUCGGGCCCUUUUCGAUCCGGGAUUCCAGCUCGGUCGUCCUCCCAAAGCCCGAGCAACCGCUGGUCCUCUACGAGUACGAGGCCAGCCCGUUCUGCAAGCGGGUCCGGGAAACCAUCAACCUGCUGGACCUCACGGUAGAAUACAGGCCGUGCCCGGGCGCCCGGCAGGGAAAAUUUUCCGACGAGCUCUUCGAAAUGACCGGGAGGCGGACGGUAGGUGGUUUGCGCGUGCCCAGUUUCGUGCCGCGAUGGUUUGCCCGUGUUCAUCGUGCUCCCUCUCGCUGUGAGUGUCUUUGUGGGUUUCCAGUGCAGAGAGGGAGAGAGGUUGAUCCUUGAUCCUUGAUCGUUGAUCGUUUGUGGAUCAACUGUUCGAAUUCUUUCGGCGACUUGACUCAUUCUGUUUGUUUUCUACCCAAAUGCACCCAGGUGCCCUACCUCUACGAUCCCAACACGGGCGAGGGGCUCUUCGAAUCGAGCGACCAGAUCGAGUACCUUUUGGCCAACUACGGGCCCGCCGACGCCUCGACCUACGACCGAAAGGCCCUGUGGCCCGUCACCCUCGAGCCCUUUUCGGUGGCCACGUCGACCCUCUGCGCGAUAUUGCUGGGCAUGCCCGGAAAGGCCCGCCGGCCCGACGCCCGCCCCGACAACGAGGAAAUGCUUCCGCUGGAGCUCUGGGGGAACGAGGCCUCCCCCUUUGUCCGCAACGUGCGGGAAACCCUCGGAGGCCUGUGCCUCCCGCACGCGAUGGUCAGCUGCCCGAGGGGAUCCUCCAACCGCGACCGGAUGGUGGAACGGACCGGGCGCUUUCAGGUACCCUACCUCGUGGAUCCCAACACCGGGAUCGAGAUGUUCGAGUCCGAGGAAAUCGUCAAGUACCUCGAAGAGGUCUACACGGUGUCGUGAAACCAAAGAAAACUAAAGCAGGAGUAUGUUCUAUUGGAAUGUUUAGAAGUUUUUCCUGGCCCCGGGUGGAUGGGAGCUGUCGUAGGCUUCGUUUGUGCGUAGUCCCGGAGAAACAGAUGCAUGCCAGUAGCUUUGUUCUAGAUUCCAUUCGUGGAAAAUAUAGAAUACGCAGUACA